ACUGUUCCUGCCUGCGGAUUACAAGCCUAUAUCGAGUAUGGAGGACGAAUUCGAUUGGAGUGACGGCCCCAUCAACUCCCCAUCCCUCCGUGCAGUAGAUACCCAUGGAUUUUCGAUGGGCUUCGACCUCCCUGAGCUCAGCUUCAAUGCUCUACCCCAUUCAAGUGAACCCCGGCUGCCUCAUCGAGACUACAAGUACCCAAAAGCAUAUCAGGAGUUCGUGGAACUGCCUGUUGGAGAUCCUUUCAAUCCCUACAUAAACGGAAGUUCACACCUCAAGUCUGCCGUCAGUCCCUUCAAGCGAGCCAAGAUUGGUGUAUAUACGAAUCGUCGCAAGCCCAGUCGUGAGGAUUACUCCAACUUCGUCUUGUAUCAAGCCAGCCAGAGAGUCUACGAGGCGACAUUUCUCAAGAACUUCGUAGCUCACGCACUCCACCCCAAUCGAUUCGACGCCUGCUUCUCUGCUCAAGAUCCCCAAGAAAGUGUUGGUCAGUAUCUCAAGUCGGUCGCGGACAAUGUGAACAAGCUUGCUACCAAGAUUAUCUGGAACACACAUUCGCGUACCGUGAACUUCAUGGCGAACGAUGAAAAAGAGACAACAGUAUUCUGGGACUUCCAACAAUUCGAAAACCAGCCCUUCGCCAACUUCUCCCCUGGUAAUACGUUUCCCGUUCUGCGUUUAAUGAAUCAGUCUUGGCAUAGAGCUUUCAGUCACCCUUCCAUGGUGCGAUACAGCGCUGAGCAGUAUCAGAUCGGCCCCGAUGCUUCGCCAUUUGAGGAGAUUGACGAGGUCACGGGACACACCAAGCUCUUCGAGGGUGAAAGUAUUGCGCAUACUGCAUCACAUGAUCGAGUUGUGCGUGCUCCCCGCAUGAAGAAGCCGAAGAUUAGUCCUCUUCCUGGCGCCACACUGCGCGGAAACCCUACGACCCCUAAUGAUGACUCGCUUCAGGGACUGUUGCGUUACGGUAGCCCCAGCAGCUUUAGAUUCUCAGAGGACACCGAAGUCCCAAUCACCGUGUACAGUACCUCGCAAGACAUGCUGCCUCUGGAAGCCAUUCCUGCGAGCGAUGCGUGUGCUUCCGGGGCGAAGAGUGUCUGGGGUGGCGCCUCUGGUGGCAUUGUUGGAUCUUGUCCAAUUCAUGAGAACAGCAUGCCCAUGAACGAUGACGCCGAAGCGAGCACGGUACGUAUCACCCGAACUCCAGCUGAAGAGCCCACUUGUCCCGAAAGUCUCGUGGCUUUGCAGGGGUCUGAUGCACUCUGGAAAGGUUCAGGUCAAUCCUCCUCGUCGGAGGACACAACAAGCGAAGAUAGUCGCAAGAGAACGUUAUGGAGAAUGGUGUUGAUUCAAGACCACAAGAAUCGCUUGGCAGAGAGAUGGCCGCAAUCACAACAGCGCCUAGACGCUGCCUUGGACUUCAACAGCUGUGUCGAACGAGCUAUUAAAAAUGGCGAUUUGAAACCUCUCGGAGCUGGUCUUCGAAA